AACUAAAGCGUGUGUGUGCGAAGAAGAGAGUAACAUAACAUAAAACUCCAUUAUUUACUGCUAAAAUAAUCUCUGCAAUCGAACUGACCAAACCACUGGUGAGCUUUGGAUCCUUAAAUUUUCUUUCAACAUAUUAGGGUUUACAAAAAUCUCCAAACAAAUCCCCAAAUUCCAAAUGUCGUUAGCCUGCCCUUUUUAGGUUCCCUCCAACACAAACUCGCUCUCUAUAUAUUUGUUGUAAUUGAACGAUCUUAGAGGGUAGUGGUGCUGAUACUUCUGAUGAAUACGCGAGGAAGGUAUCCUCCUGGGAUCGGUAAUGGUCGCGGUGGUGGUGGUGGUGGGAAUGUUUACUCAAACCCUAACUUUCAUACUCGAAACCCUCAUCACCCUCAUCAUCACACGCAACAACACAACGUCCAGAGAAAUGUGCAGAGUCAACAACAACAACAACAACAACAAUGGCUGAGAAGGGACGUCAUCGCUACUGAUUCUACUGUUAAUCAAGUUGACAAAACACUGCAAUACGAGCCGGCUGAUUUGAGCUCCCAAGACUGGAAGGCACGGUUAAAAAUGCCACCACCUGACACUCGUUACAGGACAGAGGAUGUCACUGCAACAAAAGGAAAUGAUUUUGAAGACUACUUCCUGCAACGAGAGCUGCUCAUGGGAAUAUAUGAGAAGGGGUUUGAAAAACCUUCUCCCAUCCAGGAAGAAAGUAUCCCAAUUGCUUUGACUGGAAGUGAUAUUCUUGCCAGAGCUAAAAAUGGCACUGGUAAAACAGCUGCAUUUUGCAUUCCUGCACUGGAAAAGAUUGAUCCAGAUAACAAUGUUAUUCAAGUUGUCAUACUUGUACCCACUAGAGAGUUGGCUCUUCAGACAUCACAAGUUUGUAAGGAACUUGGGAAGCAUUUGAAGAUUCAAGUCAUGGUCACCACGGGGGGAACUAGUUUGAGGGAUGAUAUCAUGCGAUUGUAUCAACCUGUCCAUUUGCUCGUUGGGACUCCUGGAAGAAUACUAGAUCUUUCCAGAAAAGGAAUUUGCAUUUUGAAAGAUUGUAUGAUGCUUGUUAUGGAUGAGGCUGAUAAGCUUUUGUCCCCGGAGUUUCAACCUUCAGUGGAGCAGUUGAUACAUUUUCUUCCUGAGAGUCGGCAAAUUUUGAUGUUUUCAGCUACAUUUCCCGUGACUGUCAAAGAUUUCAAAGACAGAUUUUUGCAGAAACCUUAUGUUAUUAAUCUCAUGGAUGAGCUUACUCUCAAGGGUAUUACACAAUAUUAUGCUUUUGUAGAAGAAAGACAGAAGCUUCACUGCCUGAACACUCUUUUCUCAAAGCUGCAAAUCAACCAAUCAAUUAUUUUCUGCAAUUCUGUGAAUCGGGUGGAAUUGCUUGCCAAAAAAAUUACAGAGCUGGGGUAUUCUUGCUUUUAUAUUCAUGCUAAGAUGCUGCAAGAUCACCGCAACAGGGUAUUUCAUGACUUUCGCAAUGGUGCAUGCAGAAAUCUGGUUUGUACUGAUCUGUUUACAAGGGGAAUAGACAUUCAAGCCGUCAAUGUCGUCGUAAAUUUUGAUUUUCCUAGGAACGCAGAAACAUAUCUGCACAGGGUUGGCCGAUCAGGGAGGUUUGGACACCUUGGUUUGGCUGUGAAUCUAAUCACUUAUGAGGACCGCUUUAAUUUGUACAGGAUAGAGCAAGAGCUUGGAACUGAAAUUAAACAAAUUCCUCCCUUUAUAGAUCAAUCUAUUUACUGUAGGUGAUCUGUGAGUAAUCUUGCUGUUAGACAAUGGUGAGUAAAAAAAAGGGCUGAUGUCGUACUUUAUUUCCUACCCCCGGGAGGAGAGAGGAAGAAAACAAGUGGAACACAAUCCAACGAGGCAACCAUUUCAAGAAUUACGGAGUCUUGAGAGAAAGAUGGAUAUUAUUCAGAGCACUUGGAGACUCGAAUGCUGUUAUUGAAGCUGUGUACUUAAUGAAAUGAUGAUGUCCUUUUUAUUUUCCCUCCCUCCUCUCUUUUUCUCUGGUUUGAUGAUAUUUUUAGGAUUUCGGGAUAAUUGAUGUUUGAAAGAUAUGCUUUUUGGAUUCGUGCUCCGUGCAGUCAACAUAUUAAACUGGGUUUAGUUAUUAGUGCUUUCAGAGAUCUUAUGUUUGGAUUA